ACCAGCCAAGUCUUCCUUCUUUAAUCCCAGCGACGGAACUUCCUCCUUCUCCUUCCCCUUGGAGCCUCGCCGGAACAAGCCCGACUAACAACAAAUCCACCGGAGUUUCAUACAUUAAAAUACCCAGGAUUAUUCCAUUAGAACAAAUAUUUGAUUUGGAGUUCAAGAGCAAAUAAAACAAUGGAAAUGGAAAUGGCAGCGCCCUAUGAACCCAAGAAGAACAGCGAAAUUAGGAUAUUUGAGAGUUCAGACGAUAUGGCAACAGAUCUGGCCGAGUACAUUUCACAGGUUUCAGAAAUUUCUGUGAAGGAAAGAGGAUACUUCACUAUUGCUCUAUCUGGAGGGUAUCUUGUCAAUCUAAUGCGAAAACUCUGUGAAGCACCAUACAGUAAGACCCUGGAUUGGCCUAAAUGGUAUGUCUUCUGGGCUGAUGAACGCGCUGUAGCAAAGAACCAUGUGGAGAGUAACUAUAAAUUAACAAAGGAAGGAUUUCUCUCGAAGUGUGUGUCUUAUUGGGACAGGAACACCAAUUCUUAUAUCAGUUGCAUCAAUUAUUGUGGGGCUUGGUUUGGUCGUCCUGCACUAGCAACAGUGCCCAUCCUUAACUGUCAUGUCUACUCCAUCAAUGACCAUGCCACGGUAGAGGAUGCAGCAACGGACUAUGAAUUUGCUAUCCGGCAGUUGGUCAAGAUUCGGACAAUUGGAGUGUCAGAGAGCAAUGACUGCCCCAAGUUCGACCUCAUUCUUCUCGGAAUCGGUUCUGAUGGACAUGUAGCCUCACUGUUCCCUAAACAUCCAGCCCUCGAGCUGAAAGAUGACUGGGUCACCUACAUUACCGACUCCCCAGAGCCUCCACCAGAAAGGAUUACCUUCACUCUUCCUGUGAUUAACUCGGCAUCAAACAUCGCUAUAGUCGCCACUGGGGAAGACAAGGCAAAGGCUCUGCAUUUUGCAAUUUCUGACAGUUAUGAGGGUCCAGAUGCAUUGUCGAUACCUGCUAGAAUGGUUCAGCCAACAGACGGCAAGUUGGUGUGGUUUCUGGACGAGGCGGCUGCCUCAUCUCUCAUGGCUAAGAGCAAUGAUUUUGACCAUCCGGGGUUCUAACGCAAACCUUUUUUGCUGCAAGUAAAGCUGACGUAUUUUGAUGGAAGAAGUUUUCCUUCUCGAUACAUGUAGCCUAGGCACUAGUUUUCUGCGCUAUCUAGUCCUGAGAACUGAGAAGUCAAAAUAAUAGCAUUUCGUGAGUUGUUGGGGAUGGUCAAGAGCGAUGCAAUGUGUACUUUGUGCGGCGAACUCAGAGAUAAGAGUUUGUGAGUGUAACUGAGUUCCAGCCAUGGUAUUAUCUAGUGCGCACUAUGUUCCAUUCUAGUUGAAA